CUGGUAUACCCAAAACUUGCAGCCAGCAUGGUACAAAUCUGAGAUUGUUCGACCUGCACCCUCACUUAGAGGACUCGCUUUCUGACUACCCCAGUUCCCCUCAUCCUCCCACCACAUAUCAAACUGAGUUACGGUGCUGAUCGGCGGGUUAAAAUGUCGUCCCAUCCAGUGAAACGCCGGCGACUGAGCCCUUCUACUCACAAUGCUUCGCCACGUCCCCGUAUUUCAGAGAGCGAUAAUCCUGCCACACGUCCAGGCUCUCAGUUGACACACGGAAGCAAGUUACAGAAAGCGAUUCAAACCAAUGAAGUACCUGCUGUAAGCAUAAACAGCCAAGGAACACACAAUGCCACAGCCGAGUUUGCGCUCGCAAGCGGCGUCUAUAAAUCCAGCUUCUUUAAACUCCAGAUGGACGAAUUAUUGAAUGAAUUGAGGCCAAACUACGAUAAACAUUUCGCGAGACUUCAGGAGACGCUUCGUCAACUGAAGAGCAUCAUUGAACAAAUUCCGGAGAAACCACCUCAAACGGCAUGGGAAGCAGAGAAAGAGCUGCGGAGCACACAUGAGAUCGCGGUGCCCUUUCCCGAACCGCGACCCGGUAGGGGAACGAAGUAUUCUUUUACUUAUGCCAAACCGACGAAUAUCAACGUGGUGGGCAGUCUUUCACUUCAAAAUGGAAUCAAGAGUACUGAUCCUUUGACGGUUGACUUGGCGGUGACAAUGCCUAGUGCUAUAUUCCAGGAUAAAGACUAUGUCAAUUUUCGAUUCUUCCACAAACGAGCAUUUUACAUUGCCACCGUUGCCGCUGGAAUUAAGGCAGCUGCUGUCAAGGAUUUGACGAUCAAAUUUGCACUCCAAGAUGGUGACAGCCUGCGGCCUGUCGUCGUUCUCGAGUCGGUCAAACCUGGACACCUAUCUUCCAAAGUACGGAUUCGCAUCAUCACUGCCAUUGAAGAUACUCUGUUCCCCGUGUCACGAACUUUGCCGAUGAGGAAUAAUUUACGUCAAUUCACAGCUGAUGAAUCAGCAUCUGAAGGCGCUACUCCGUUCUAUAAUGCGUCUCUCCGGUCUGAGGCCACGGUAGCACUCUAUCACAAAUACAUUCACUCUAAUAUUCGCAAAUGCGAGUCUUUCAGAGAUGCAUGUAUCUUAGGACGGGCCUGGCUUCGACAACGCGGAUUUGGGCCAUCAUAUCAAAAAGGCGGUCUCGGUGGUUUUGAGUGGGCAGCUCUAAUGUCAUUGCUGCUUGAAGGUGGCGGUCCAAAUCACAAGCCUGUACUCCUCAAGUCUUACAGCAGCUAUCAGCUGUUCAAGGCAACCUUGCAAUUUCUUGCCGGAAGAGACCUGACAAAUCCACUAGCACUAUUUACAGCGGAAGUGUCAUCUCCUGGCGAUUCCCCUGUUCUGUAUGAUGGCAAGCGAGGACUGAAUAUUCUUUAUAAAAUGACGCCUUGGUCUUACACCUUGCUCCGUCGGGAAGCAGAUACCACAGUGAAAAUGCUAAACGAGUCCCGCGAUGACAAUUUCGACAAAGUCUUCAUCCUCAAAACGCACGAACCAAUGCUCAGAUUUGAUCGGCUGGUUCGGCUGCCAGCCUCGUCAACCGGACAAAGUCUCCAAGACCUUAAGAGCUACUAUAUAAUCCACAGAGUGUUGAUUACGGCACUGGGCGACAGAGCCCGGCUCAUCCAUUUGCGUGGUUGCAGCACGGGGCCUUGGUCAGUCGAUACAAGACAUGGCCAGAAGACGGCGCAGGGAUACAUACUUGUAGGCUUGCUGCUAGAUGCAGAUAAUGCCACACGUGUUGUGGAUCAUGGACCAGCUGCAGAACAGAAAGAAGAAGCCGCAUCUUUUCGAUCAUUCUGGGGGGAAAAGGCCGAGUUAAGGCGUUUCAAAGAUGGUAGCAUCAGGGAGAGCUUGGUUUGGUCAGACCUGGUAACAGCGCCCUCUAUCAUAACGCAGAUCCUAUCAUAUACUUUGAACCGUCAUUUCAAUUACACAGGUUCUGAUAUCAAAUUUGUCGGCGAUGAAUUUGACGAAACACUUCGCGAUAACGGGGAUGGCAUCGUUUUAUAUUCCAGCCCCCGUUUCCAGGCAAUUCACGACGCUUUCAGUUCUUUGCAGCGAUCUGUUCAGGACAUGGACGGAGUACCUUUGACAACCAGGCAUCUUGCACCUGCCAGCCCACUAUUGCGUUACACGGCUCUUCAUCUGGAAAGUGCUUUUAAAGUGCUUUGCGGUCCCGUGGACAUUGUCCUCCAAUUUGAAAGCUCGGCUCGUUGGCCUGAUGACCUUGUGGCUAUACAGAUGACGAAGAUUGCUUUCCUCGUGAAAAUCGGUGAUUAUUUGCAGUCAUCUGGAGCUGCAUCUACAUGUAAAGUAGGGCUGGAGAAUGUCUCAAGCAAGAUCUUGAAUAAUGCCUACCUUGACAUUACCCAUUCCUCCAAUGUCCUCUUCCGUCUCAGGAUCCAUCAUGAGAGGGAACAAAUGCUCUUGGAACGUCACUUGAAAGAUAAAGAAGCUCAUCUUCCUAUGAGACAAGAACUCGCUUACGCUCUAUCUGAAUACAAACGACAAUUUGUUCAAGCUCCUCGGCUCACGCAAGCAGUUCGUACCCUAUGCACUCGUUUCCCGCUUCUGUCGCCCACAAUCCGCCUUGUCAAGCAUUGGUUCAGCUGCCACAUGCUUAUGGAGCAAAUUAGAGAAGAAACCGUGGAAUUGCUGGUUGCUCGAGUGUUUGCACAGCCUUAUCCAUGGGACGCUCCAUCCAGUAUCAUGACUGGAUUCUUGAGGACUCUUCAGCUUCUUGCGCGGUGGGACUGGCAGCAGGAGGCUUUUUUGGUCGAUUUUGGAGGCUUAGAUAAGACUGUAAUGGAGCUCAUACGGACUCGAUUUUCAGCCUGGCGAAAGAUCGAUCCGGCAUUGAAUACAGUCAGCUUGUUUGUGGCUUCCGACAUUGAUAUCGAUGGGGUGACUUGGACUCAGUAUGAAAAGCCUUCCAAGGUUGUGGCAGGUCGUAUCUGCACCCUGGCCAAGGCUGCCAUGACAAUGGUACCAGAGAUUGAAUUUGGGCUCGAUUUGAAAGAGCUUUUCCACGCGUCAUUAGCACCCUACGACUUCAUUAUCAAGCUCCGUUCGAAGCCGCUGCAUAAAGCAUCUACAUCUCCAACCACAUCCAAAUCUGCUGAUAGACGUGAGGGACUUCUGGCUUCUGGACAUACACUUGUCAGAUCCUUUGUUCGAGAUUUGCAGGCGUGUUACAGCCCCAAUAUUCUCUUUUUCCACAGUGAUGGGAACCCUGGAGUUGUUGCAGGGUUAUGGAAUCCUCAAAUUCUUCAACCUAAAGCUUGGACAUUGAAAAUGGCUUACUCAACUUCUCCCGCAAACCUGGAAAAUAUAGAGGACAGUGAUCAGGUGGUCAUCAAUCGCCCGGCUAUCUUGAACGAAAUCUCGAGGCUGGGCGGCGUCAUAGUUGACAGCAUCGAGGCUCAGGGCUAACGGUAAUUUGUUCUAGUCAUAGUCAUGCCUUUUGCUUCGAAUGUAACAGCGCAUACCAAUAUAUACAACUGAAGAGGUCGAGAAAGUGAUAUGGAAUGAUAAUGAGAGAGCCGAAGCUAAAAGGACAAUUCUGGUAUUCCAUUCUGGUCUAAGUGAUAAGGCCCACUCCAUUGAAUCAACUCAUGCACCGGUCAUCAUCCCCUUUUCUGUUUUCCCAAUUGGUAUCUGGGAAGAGAAUGAACAAUAUUUGUCCUUGAUUGCCACCACUUCGUAUGUUCCCUCGUCUGAUGUUUUGAUAGAUUUUGUGUGCUCGUAAGAGAUGUCAUGUUUGACGUCAAGUAUCUCCGUU